AUGGAAAUAACAGGCUCACAGUCUGUAUUCAAUGGUCUCAUCAUAGGCAGGAAGCCCUAUCAGGAACUGCGCUGCUCACCUAUCCCUGCACUUCCCACCAUGCAGUUCAGGUUGAAGGAGUCGCUAAAACAAGCCCAGCUAGAGAGAGAUGAAUAUGCUCAACAUCUAAAAGGAGAGAGGGCCUGGUGGCAGCAGAGGAUGAGGAAAAUGUCGCAGGAGCUUUGCCCAUUGAAGGAGGAGAAGAAGCAUGAUAUGCGUCGGAUAGAGAAGUUGAAGAGGAGCUUGUCCAAACUCAAGAACCAGAUGGCUGAACCCCUGCCCCCGGAGCCCCCAGCAGUGCCCCCUGAAGUGGAGCUGCAGCACCUGAGGAAGGAACUAGAGAGAGUGGCAGGAGAGCUCCAGGCCCAGGUGGAGAACAAUCAGCACGUAAGUCUCCUGAACCGGGGCCAAAAGAAGAGGCUUCAGGAGCAGGAGGAGAAGCUUCGGGAGCAGGAGGAGAGGCUUCAGCAGCUGGCCGAGCCACAGAGCGGCAUCGAGGAGCUGAACAACGAGAACAAGAGCACACUGCAGUUGGAGCAGCAAGUAAAGGAGCAGCAGGAGAAGGAGCUGAGCGAGGUGAAGGAGAUGGAGCACCUGGAGGCUGCCAGCCAGCAGAAGCAGCAGCUAACGGCCCAGCUGUGCCUCAUGGCUCUCCCUGGGGAAGGAAAUGGAGGAGGACAUCUGGACAGUGAGGAGGAGGAGGAGGGACCUCGGCCCAUGCCGAGCGUCCCAGAGGACCUGGAGAGCUGGGAGGCCAUGAGCGGCCUUAUGCACCUCCUGGAGGAGAAGACAGACCUGAGGGAGUGUGUGGAGAAACUACAACUUCAAUUCAUCCAGUACUGGAGAGAGAGAUGCCAUCAGAAAAUUCAUCACCUUAUAAAUGAGCCAGGGGGCAGCGCCAAAGAUGUGGCACUGAGAGGACAUCAUCAGACUGGCCCAGGACAGGGAGGAGAUGAAAGUGAAGCUGCUGGUGCUGCAGGAGAUGCUGUUACAGCUUGUGGCGACUACAACAAGGGGCACAGCAAACUCCUGGCCUCUUCCCAGAACCGUGCUGAUGAGCCCGAUCCAGGAGCCCCACCCCCUCAGGAGCUUGGAGCUGCCCACAAGCAUGGUGAUCUUCGUGAGAUGAGCCUCACUGACAGCGCGGAGCCUGCGCACAGAGAGGCCAAGGAGGGAUCUCCCCACAACAACCCUACUGCACAGCCCAUCACGCAGGAGCACCAGGAGCACCCAGGCUUGGGCAGCAACCGCCCUGUGCCAUUCUUUUGCUGGGCUUGGCUGCCGAGAAGAAGGAGAUAA